UCCCGCAUCGGCGUCGUCGGCGCGAUAUCAGGGUAUCACGCGGUAUCCGUCAAUCGACGAGCUACGGAGCGGAUCCGCGUCGUCGUUGUGAACGUCGGCGACGCGGUUGGCAGCAGUGUCGAUAUCGGUGAGCGAGAGAAGUGCCGUACGGACACCUCGCGCUUCCGUUACAUUUUAUUUGUGUGUGGCCGUGCGCGGGUAUUGCGGGGAGGAAACGGAGGAGAGAGAGAGAGAGAGAAAGAUAGAGUGAGAAGAAGAAAAAUAAAAGUGUCGGGGAGAUGCGUGUGUUGCGGCAGCGAUCGAGCGAUCGUGAGACGUGAGUGUCGGGCGGCGCGCGAGGACGAGCGAAAUUCCGUCGUGGCGUCGAGGAAGGUGCGGAAGGUGCACCCGCGGUCCCGAUCCCCCCCGUGGAAUGUGAGUUAGAUGACGGACUCAAGAUAGUCCUUCCGCCUGGUAACAUGUCAGAUGGGGUUGACGGUGGUGGUGGGGAAAACGAGGUAGACUCCCAUUCCUCUUCGCAAGCCGAAGCUGGGGACUCUUCUAAUCAUAGGGAAGAAGAGACGUUGGAUCCUGAUAACGAAGCAGCUCUCAAUACAAAUUAUGACAGUAGCGAUGGAGCUGUUCCUGCGUUUAGAUGUGAUAGAUGCGACAAUUACGAGACUAUAAAUAAAACGGCUUUCUCCGCUCACCAAGAUCAAUGCCUGGCAAGUGGCGAAGCUGGAGAAAGUGCUGAAGGCAUAGAAGGAACAGAAAAUGAUGGGGAUGCGGAAGAGGGCCAUUCGGGGAUCAGGUCUCACAGAAAGAUGUUUGAAUGUGAUGUUUGUAAUAUGAAAUUUUCAAAUGGAGCUAAUAUGAGAAGACACAAAAUGAGGCAUACAGGUGUAAAACCAUACGAAUGUCGGGUAUGUCAGAAGAGAUUCUUUCGGAAGGACCAUCUUGCGGAACACUUUACGACACAUUCAAAAACUUUGCCAUACCAUUGCCCGAUAUGUAACCGAGGUUUCCAAAGACAAAUCGCGAUGCGUGCUCACUUUCAGAACGAACACGUCGGUCAGCACGAUAUGGUUAAAUCGUGUCCUCUCUGCAAUUAUCGUGCGGCUACCAUGAAAUGCCUUAGGUUGCACUUCUUUAAUAGACAUGGAAUAGAUUUAGAUAAUCCAGGACCAAAUAGCUCUACAUCCAUAAUGAAUAGUUGCACGUCCGGAGAGGCGAUGCCUUCGGCACCUCUGUCUGAUAGCGGGGAUAGUACUGGCAACCGUUCGACCGACAACGCCACGCCCCCCAUGCAUUUCCUUACGCCCCAUGUGGAGAUAUCCAUUCCUUAUCCCGAACAAGCUGCCAAUCAACGAAAUCCAAGUCCUGCCCCGUUGAACGGAGACAGUCCCAAUAGUCCUCAGAGCGCCGACAGCAAUAGCAAUGCACCAAGCAGUAGUCAUCAUCAAUUAUCUAUCAAUAGCAGUACCAUUCAUAGGAACGUAGGCGGAGGCGACGAAGCUAUUACACCUUCGAUCUCCUUAAUACCCAUCAAGCAGGAGCCAAACAGCAACGGUAUGGAUGAUAGUGGGGCGACAUCGAGCAAUCUACCAUUACCAUCGCUAAUCAAGGUGUCGCCAUUAAAAUCGUUGCUGCGCGAUGAUCUUCGCCGUAAGCUUUCCACCAGUACCACCAAUAACAACAAUAACAGUAGUAAUAACAGCGGUUGCGGUGGCGGCGUUAAUUCUAAUCCACACUCGAGGGGCGAACCACCCACUUCGACCAGGCCGGAUCCUCGUACGAGCGGCCUCCAGUGCACUCACUGUCGCAUUACAUUUCCGGAUCAAACGUUGUACUUCCUUCACAAAGGUUGUCACAGCGAGAGUAACCCGUGGAAGUGCAAUAUUUGCGGGGAGCAGUGCUGCAAUCUGUACCAGUUCAACUCGCAUUUACUGAGUAAAAGUCAUCAGUAGCUGGGAGGAGAAAGCAGAGAAGUAUCCGCAAUUAAGAAAUUCGUUUUUCCUUUUCCCAUUUCUUCUACUUCUUUUCUUUUCCUUCUUCGUUAAACGAAACAAAACGGCAGGAGAUUCGGUAUGUAUGUAUCUUACAUACGUUCAGUGUUCAUUAGCAUGAAGGUAUAAGUAUUUUCUGCGACAUGUCCAGACAUAUUUCUCGCUAAAAUAUAAUUUCAGAAACGCAUAAGAAUGCGCCGAAAUAUAACGGUAAAUCAGUUGUAAAUUGAAUUGUAAAUUAUUUUUAAGAAUUCGAGAGAGGGUAUGUCUGUUCCCUCAGAAAAUAAUGUACAAAGCGCGACAAAUUGUGCCUUUCCUUUAAAAAGAGAAAAAGGAAGAGAAAAUUGCGAGAAAAAAAGAAAUUGCCAACACACUCGUCCAUCAUGCUGUUAUAUUAUAUGAACUAUCCGUCCAUAGGGCUUUAUCGAGAUAUAUUCCGAGCUCUAUCAUUAGUCUUAAAUUAAUAAAGUAAGUAUAGAAAUGCAACGGGGUACGUUGCGAAUUGUGAAAAGUAAAAAAAAUAUAUAUAUAUAUAUAUAUAUACAUAGCUAUGUUGUGCUUUCAUCGCAAAAAAGUGCGACAUUAAAAUUUCAUGUAUUGGGUCGGAACAAAAGUUCAUAGAGCUACGAAUUUCGUUACAGUUGCUUAAAUGUUAAAAAUUACUAAAAUUUAAAUUAAAAAAAAAAAAGUUUUAAAACUUAAAAUCUCUUUCGAAAGGUGUCUUUUGAGUUUGGUAAUUUUUUGCAAAAUAGGAAAUUUCUUAUUUUAUAGGCCUGUCAUGUGCCCAAAAAAGACUUGCAAAAUUUUUGGCUUUCUAACAAGCUUACAAUUUUAUAAUAAAAUCAUUUAUUAAAAAUAUUCUUAAGGUUUUUGAUACUGAGUUAUCACGGAUUAAAUAUGCUCAUAAUUCUGUUUAAAGAUUGUCAAACCGCAAUUAAAAAAACAGAUUUUUAAAGCUAAAACUUUGCUCUAUCGAAUGAUAUAAUUGCCAAAUUUUUUUAAAAAACAUAUGAUAUAAAUAAAAUAAUAUGCUACGAACUUUUAUUCUAACCUGAUAAAUAGAUAGAAAUUAUUUAGUUGACGUUGUGCGGUUUGGAUGAUAGAGGCAAGGCGCGGAUAUAAUCCAUCAGAAGUUUAUUUUGUAGAUUGAGGGAGAGAGAAGGAAAGAAACGCAUUUAUAUUAUUGUUUUAAGGCCAGGCCCUCUAAAGACAAAGAAAAAUUGUGCAAAAUAUGUAGAAGAAAAAGAAAGUAUGUAUAUUUUUUGUUUUUGAGUGUUUAAAACCUAUGCGCGUAGAAUUUAUAUAGUAGAAGAGCAAUAUCACGAAUUAUCGAACAAUUAUGUAUCCUUUAAUAAUUUCGCGAUGUGGAUUUUCACACGGAUUCGAGAAGCAGCUCUAUCGAGAUAUUGUACAAAUUUGAAGAAUACGAAACGUUGCGUUCAUCGAAAGAAUGUCGGCACGACGUGUUGAUACAUGUGGAUACCGUUGUAUCGCGACGCGACAGGUAUUGCCGCGAGUUCCAUCUAUUCUUCUUUCUCCUUUAGAUAGGAACGUUGCGUCGCAGUG